AUGCCGCUAAUGCAAAGUUGCCUAUGCUAUGUUGUAUACAUUUGUCAUGUAGGCAUGCCUUCCUGUUCUGUCCCAUUUUGUGUAAAGUACGGUGAACUUAAGAAGGAUACUGCGACAUUACAUCGCUUUCCACAAGAUAAAGAGUUUGCUAAAUUGUGGUUGAAAAACAUAAACAAUCCUACAUUGACAGUGAACUCUUGGAACAGAGUUAAAACCCUGUACAUUUGCAGCAAGCAUUUUACACCAAAGGACUUCAUGAAAGUAAAGGCUGAUUUAUCUGGUGAUGCAAAUAAAAAGGAAAAGAUAGUAUUGAAGCCAGAUGCCGUUCCCACUAUAUUUGAAUACCCACCAAAGAGAUAUGAAAUGAGAACAAGAAAUAAAAACCCAGAGCAAAAGAUUGAGCAGGAAGAACAGACAAGCGAUAAGAAGGAGAAAGAAAAUUCAAAAAGUUUACGCUCUAAAGCAGCAAGUAAAGUUGUUCAAAUUCAACCGAAACUUAAUGUAGGCACGAGCAGUCCAAAUGGAACUGUUCAAUUGAAACCUAAAAGUGAUCAUUUCACUAUCAUACCAAGAAAUCUACAGACUUCUAACAUUCAGAAUAAAUUUUCCAACCUAAAGUCACUUCAGGUGAAUUUAAAAAACAACAAAAUGAUCGGCCAAGUUAGUGGACCUGUGCUUGUCAAACUGCUAAACAACAACACUCCAACUGGAAUAAAGGAUUCAAAGUAUAUUCCAGUAAUCCAACAGUCCUCAACAAGUACCACCUCUUCCAAGAAUAGCAUUCCUAUACAGCUAAGCAACCCCAUUCAAGUCACAAGGCAGAAUGCAAUCUCAAUUAAACCAAGCUCUGCCAACUCUAUGAUGAAAAUGCAUUCACCCUCUCAGGUUGUUAUCAACAGUGGUCCUGUUGUGUUUUCAAAGGAACUACACGCAGCACCCAAAUCUAUAAAACCCAGUUCAACCCCAGUUUACAUCUCAGCUGCACAAAAACGUUCUCCAGACACAUGCUCAAAUGUGGUUACAAGCAACAGCUUAAAUAAUUGCAGCAUUCAAAUUGUUCCAAUCAAGCCAGUGACCGUCACACACGCUCCAAGUAAAACAACACCAAGUAUAACAUCAUCACAUAGACCAGCAAACUCUGUGAGUUUUGGUCGUGCUCCUCGUGUGGUCGCAAAGAAGUUCCAUGAUUCCUAUGGCAAGCAUGGUUCACUCACUGUGUGCAUUAGGGCAGCACUUUCUGUAGCACCGAAACUGCAGCGAAAAUAUAAAUUCAUCAAAAUGAAUCCUGCAUCUGUGGAGUGCAUCCUAGUAGGUGUGCCUUCAGAACGUGAUUCUAAAUCUGAGCUACAAAAGGAAUUAGCCAAUCUGGAUAAAUAUGUGAGGGAAAAUCAUCUGAAAAGUCGUGCUUCCGCUAUAGAGGAAUUGUUGUUUUCCGACCCAACCCCUAUUCCUAAUGCUGUGACAUUGCCCCCCAAAAAAGAAAAUGAAACUGUAGAAAAAUCCCCAAAGAAGGAUAAACCAGGUUUAAAAAACAGCGCCAUGCUUAGCAAAAAGAACGCAACUUCUGACAAGGAGCUGGAUAACAAAGAUGACACAGAUGGUCAGAAAUCGGUUACCGGACACGUGUGUAAGACUUGUAAAUGUAGACUUAAUUCGAAAAGUUCAUUUAAUCGUCACUGUCAAUCUGUACAACAUCGCAUGAUGCUCGCAGCACAACGAGCGCUGCAGGGAAAAGCUCCAAGCCUUGUGCAACAUGCUAAGAAUAAGGCGAUUGGUUCCAAACAAAGCAAAGCUUCCACUUCUAAUUUAUUCAAAGCCGCAUCUGAUAGCUCAGCGUUGAUUUAUCGCUCCUUUAAAUCUGUAAAAGGUGGUGAUGGGGUCAAGGUUUACAAAUGUUUUUUCUGCCUUCAAUGCAUCUCUGGUUCGGUGCCGUUUCUCCAUCACAUCUGGCAACACUGUAUAACUCAUAAGCGGUGCUGUAGUUGGUGCGGGACUAAAUUUAGAUCAGCCGCUGCCAUGAAAACUCAUAUUCUUACCAUUGUGUGCUCGAAAGAAAAGGUUGAGCUAAUAAGGAACAAGAGGCAUCUUAGAUUGGUGCCCAAGAAGACUCAUGAAAACACUUCUACAUCUUCCUGGAUAUCGCGACGAUACACUGGAGUGAUCCCUGAUUAUUACAAACCAUUUGAAACAAAGGUGCAAGGAGGAAAGUCGAAAUGGUUCUCGUGCAACUUCUGUACGUUUAUUGGACUCGAGUUAUCUUCUAUUGUACACCAUGCGCGGCAACAUAUUGGUGAUUAUCCAUUUCGAUGUUCAGAAUGUGUUUUCGGUUCUGUGUGCAAAACCAGGUUGGUGAAUCAUCAGUCUAUGUCAGGGCACCAUGGCUUCUAUUACGUGAGGAGGUCAACUGGUAUCAGUGAAGAAGAAAUUAAGGAAUUGGAGAAGAUGAUUGCAAGUGGAUUGUUGAAGUUCAAUGCAAAGGGUUGGGUGGACAGUAUGGUUCGUGAUAAACCAACAGAUAUACCUGCUUCCAUGUAUAAAAUAGAUCCCUAUCUAUCUGAAACCAAACAAAAGAAACUGAGCCCAUUGAAAGUCCCAAGUGACCCCAAACCUUCCAAAAACAAAACCAUUGAAUUAGAACGAACUGAAGAAGAUCCGUGGAUGUUUUGCAAGUCGUGUAACACUGGUUUCCUGGAUCGUGAAACCUACGAGAUGCAUUCUCAAGGUUGUAAUGGGAAUGAUAUCAAUACAGGGGAUUGUUCAUGGACAACUAAUACAGAAGAGAAGCAAGAUUGUGUGCUUAUCGACAACGAGGAAGAAAUGGAUUCACCAGAAGUUUCUCCCGGACCUCUAUCCGAUGAUGAGGAAGAGAUCAAAGGUUUCAAUGAAGUUCCAUCCAUCCAAGAAACUUUGAGUCAGCUUUCCUCGUCAGCUUCAAAGAGUAACUUUAAUAAAUUAUCCAAUAAGAAAACACUGGACAGCUUGUUUCACUUGACCCCUUCAAGCAGUAGCCCUAUCAGCUCUAGCAGUAAUAUUGAAAAAACGGUGCAAUCCCUAACACUAAAGAACCAACAUAAGUUGCUUGUUAUUUCAAGUGAAACUAAACCUUCUUCAAGCGUGGCUCCUGCCGUUGUAAGUGGCGUGGAGCCGUGCUCAGUUGGCAGAAGGUCACGCCAGAAACAGAAGCCGCAGAAAUUGUUGCGGCCUGUUGAGAGAAGCGUUGAUAUUCCAAGCACUAGCAAAGCAAUUAUAGAUCAAUCUAUGUAUUGUCCCGAACCUAUGGACACCUCAAUGUGAUUGUGCAUAUGGGAAGUUUUUGUUUUACUUGUUUUUCCUCUACCUUUGUUUUGCUUUUUCUUGCUAUGUAAGGCAUGUUGCCUCCGAAUUCUAUUUUCUAAAUAAACUGCCGGGAUUUCUCAUCA